CACGACUCUACGACUUCCAUCUCCUCAAUUUUUUUACGACUAGUCCACGAGAAAGAUCAACUAGAACAUGGCUGUUGUUGGAAUCGAUUUUGGAACUUUGCACUCCAAGAUUGGAGUUGCUAGGCAUCGUGGUAUCGAUAUUGUCACCAACGAGGUCUCAAAUCGCUCGACCCCAUCGUUGGUUGCUUUUGGCCCCAAACAGCGCGCGAUCGGUGAAGCAGCCAAGACGCAGGAAACGUCCAACUUCAAAAACACCGUCGGCUCGCUGAAACGCUGCCUUGGUCGUACCCUCAACGAUGUCCAAAUCCAAAACUACGAGAAGAAGUUUAUCAACGCAAAAUUGGUCGAUGUGAAUGGCCAGGUUGGAACUGAGGUGACAUUCCUUGGAGAGAAGCAGCAAUUCUCGUAUACGCAGUUGGUGGGGAUGUACUUGGGCAAGUUGCGCGACAUCGCCGCUGCCGAGCUCAAGUCCAACGUCUCUGAUGUUGUCAUCUCCGUGCCCGGGUGGUACACCGACAUCCAGCGCCGCGCCCUCCUCGACGCCGGUGCCCUCGCCAACCUCAACGUCCUCCGCCUCAUCAACGACACCACCGCCACCGCCCUCGGCUACGGCAUCACCAAAUCAGAUCUCCCCGACAUCGACAACCCCCGCCACGUCGUCUUCGUCGACUGCGGCCACGCCGAGCUCUCUGUCGCCGUCGUCGCCUUCUCCAAGGGCCGCCUCGACAUCAAGGCUACCGCCUACGAUAACAACGUCGGCGGUCGCGACAUCGACUGGGCUCUCGUCCAGCACUUCUCCAAGGAGUUCGAUAAGAAGUAUGGCUUGGAUAUCAUGUCGAGCCCCAAGGCCAUCUUCCGUCUCACCGCUGGUUGCGAGAAGCUCAAGAAGAUCUUGUCCGCCAACACCGAGGCCAUCAUCAACGUCGAGUCGAUCCAGAACGACGUCGACGCGACCUCCAAACUGACGCGUGAGGAGCUCGAGCAGCUCAUCGCGCCCCUCCUUGACCGCAUCCAGGCCCCCAUCGAGCGCGCCCUCCGCGAUUCCGGUAUCACCGCCGAGCAGGUCGACGCGAUCGAGCUCGUCGGUGGCACCACCCGUGUCCCCGCCGUCAAGCAGCGCAUCAUGAACGCCGUCGGCGGCAAAGCCCUCUCCUACACCCUCAACCAGGACGAGGCCGUCGCCCGCGGUGCCACCUUUGCCUGCGCCAUGCUCUCCCCCACCUUCCGCGUCCGCGAGUUCGCCGUGCACGAUAUCAACCACUUCCCGAUCAAGGUCCAGUGGGAGCGUGUGCCCGAGGACCAGGAUGAGGAGACCGAGCUGCUGGUGUUCCCCCAGGGCAACGCGAUUCCCUCAACCAAGGUCCUGUCGUUCUACCGCAAGGAGCCCUUCCAGAUCCAGGCUGCUUACGCCAACCCCGAUCUCCUCCCUGGCAGCAUCAACCCCUGGAUCGCCAACUUUACGGCCAAGGAGGUUGCGCCUCUGCCGAACGGCGACCCCGCUGUUGUCAAGGUCAAGACGCGCUUGAACUUGCACGGUAUCAUGUCGUUUGAGGCUGCGUAUACGGAGGAGAUUGAGGAGAAGGAGGAGGUGGUGUCGACGCCUUCGCCUGCGCCUAUGGAUGUGGACGGUGCUGCUGCGCCUGCUGCUGAGGGUGAGCAGCCUGCGGCUCCUCCUCAGCCCGUUGUGAAGAAGAAGAAGGUGGUGAGGAAGAAGGAGGUUGCGUUUGUUGCUUCGAACAGUUCGUUGACGAGGGAGGUUGUCGAGGAGUGGAGGGAGAAGGAGGGCCAGAUGUAUGAGAGUGAUAAGCUUGUGCGGGAUACUGAGGAACGCAAAAACGCGUUGGAAGAGUACAUCUACGACAUGCGUUCCAAGGUCGAGGACCGCUUCGCCUCCUUUGUCCAAGCUUCCGAAAAGUCGACUCUUCUCGCUGCGCUCCAGGAAGCCGAGGACUGGCUCUACUCUGAAGAAGGCGAGGACACCACCAAGUCGAUCUACAUCUCCAAACUCGACGCGCUCAAGAAGAUCGGCGACCCCAUCACCUUCCGCUACCGCGAAUCCCAAGACCGCAACACAGCCAUCGCCGCUCUCCGGGAGACGCUCAACACGUACAUGUCUCAAGCGACCUCUUCUGACGAAAAGUACAGCCACAUUGACGAGAAGGAUAAGCAGAGUGUUGUUGAAAAGGUUGCUACUGUGCAGAAAUGGUUGGAGGAUAUGAUUGUUAAGCAGGCUGAGCGACCGAAGAAUGAGGAUCCUGUUUUGACGAGUGGGGAGGUUGCGAAGAAGAGGGAUGAGGUUAUUUAUUUUGCGACUCCUAUUUUGACGAGGUUGAAGCCGAAGGUGAAUACCACGCCGCCGAGUGGGGAGCAGCAGCAGGGGGAGAAGAAGGAGGAGGGGAAGGGGAAGGAGCAGGGGCCUAGUGAGAUGGAUGUUGAUUAG